AUGGCUCACCGAUAUGGCCCUAUCUUCAGUCUCCGGCUUGGAAGAAAGCUUCAUGUUGUGGUGAACUCGAUUGACCUUGUAAAGGUCGUGGCUCAUGACCUUGACCAGACGUUUGCUAAUCGCAGCCCGCCAAUCACAGCAUUGACCAUCACUUAUGGUGGGAACGAUAUUGUGUGGUCCAACAACAACAAACACUGGCGAAACAUGCGUCAACUAUUGGUUAGUCGUGUGUUGAGCAGUGCAAAUGUCAACUCAUGUCAGAGUUUUCGAACACAUGAAGUGAGAAAGGCUGUGAACGAAGUUUACACUAAGCUUGGUGAAAAGAUCGAUGUUAAUGAAAUUGCUUUCGUGACUGAGGUCAACGUGGUGACAAGCAUGUUAUGGGGUUGUAGCAAAUCUGGUGAAGCGAAGGAUUUUAGUGAUAUUGGAGAUGGGUUUCGAGAAGUUGAGUUCAAGAUCAUUGAGUUGAUAGGAGCGCUAAACAUCUCUGAUUUUCUUCCAAUGUUAUUGUGGUUUGAUCUACAAGGAAGGCAGCGAGAAAUGCAGAAGCAACUGGAAUAUGUUGAUCGGAUAUUUGAAAAGAUUAUCCAAGAAAGAAUCAAAGCGAACUCUAGUAAAAUCGUGGGAAUUGUUGACGAAGAUCGAAGGAAGGAUUUUGUGGAGAUGUUAGAGCUUAAAGAGCAGAAAGAUGCUACAAAGACAAUCAACAUCAUUCAAAUUAAGGCCAUGUUAAUAAACAUAGUGGUUGCGGCAACAGACUCAACAUCAACAAUGGUAGAAUGGGUGAUGGCAGAAAUUUUACAUAAUGAAGAUGUAAUGAGAAAGGUUCAGGAGGAAUUAACAAAGGUUAUUGGCAUGAACAUUGUUCAAGAAUCUCAUCUACCCAAAUUGACAUACUUGGAUGCAGUCAUCAAGGAGACAUUCAGGGUACACCCUCCACUUCCUCUCCUAAUUCAAAGAUGUCCAGACGAAUCCUGCAUGGUUGGUGGAUGCAACAUUCCAAAGGGUACUAUCGUCUAUGCGAACAUUUGGGCAAUCCAUCGGGAUCCCAAGAACUGGCCCAAUCCAUUGGAGUUCAAGCCCGAGAGAUUCUUGAACAGCAAAUGGGAUUACAAUGGAAAUAAUUUAACGUUUUUGCCAUUUGGAGUAGGGAGAAGAAUAUGUCCGGGAAUCUCCCUUGGGGAGAAGAUGUUGAUGUAUAUAUUAGCAUCGCUGUUGCAUUCGUUUGAGUGGAGUUUGCCAAAAGAUGAAGAGUUUGAGCUUUCUGAUGAGUUCGGACUUGUGACAAAGAAAAGGAAACCACUAAUAGCUAUACCCUCUCAAAGAUUAUCUGAUGCAAGCCUCUACUUAUGA